AUGAGUUUGAGAAGAGUGAACAUUGAGUCGAAUAUACUAACAAAGUCGUCGGAAGUAGAUGAACUAUUUAUCCUAAAAUGUCUCUCAAAGUUUCAUAAAACUAGAGCACUCAGUGAUUUUAAGGAGAGGCAAAAAAUUAAAAAUUAUGUGGCAACUGUUUACAGACAGACUCCAGCAGAAUUUAAGUUUCACUUUCGCUUGUUACCAUCAACAUUUGAAUUUUUGCUAAUGCAAUUACCACCAGCUGAAACAUUUUUAGGGCGAACCCCUAUUGCGAAUGAUCGUCGUUUGCUCUUAACAUUAUGGGUUUUAGCCAAUGAAAAAGAGACUUUUAGAUCAGUGGCUGAACGGUUUGGGGUAAGUGAAUCAAGCGCUCACAGAAUUUUCACUUCAACCGUUGAUGCUAUUCACAAUAUUCGUCACAAAUACAUAGUUUGGCCUCAAGGAGGUGAAAGAGUGCGUAAUUCCCUAGGGUUUCAAAAUUUGAGAAAUAUUCCUUUUCCUGGUGCUUUUGCUGCAAUUAAUUGCACUCAUAUUCGUAUCAGUGGUAAUAUAAAAGAUAAUAGCUAUCUUAAUCGGAAUAGAUACCAUAGUGUAAAUCUACAAGCAGUUUGUAAUUUUGAAGGAAUGUUUAUUGAUGCUUUUGUAGGAUUCCCUGGAUCCUGUCAUGAUGCAUAUGUGUUUUCAAAUAGUCCAUUAUAUCAGGCUUUAGAAGACAACCCUAGAUUACUUUUACCUAAUGAGCAUUAUAUAUUAGGUGAUUCUGCAUAUCCACUUACAAAGUAUUUGAUGAAACCCUAUCGUCGUUCUAUACUAAUGCCACCAGAACAAAAGUUUUUUAAUACAGUUCUUUCUUCUUCAAGAACUUGUAUUGAGCAAGCAUUUGGAGGUUUAAAAGGACGUUUUAGACGUUUGAAAGGAAUUGAAUCAACUGAUAUUACAUUAGUUUCUAAAACUACAGUGGCAUGUUGUAUUCUACACAACUUAUGCGUUAAACAAGGGGAGGAUAUUGAAGAAUAUGUUGAAGUCGAAGAUUGUUAUGAUUCAAAUGAACGAGAAGCUGUAGGAGGUCUGGAUUGUUCAUUACAGUUUAAAUCUGUGGAAUGUUAUGAUCUUGUUCUUGACACAUGGAGACCAGUUUCAGAAAUGUCUGUAUGUCGCAAUGGUGUUGAUGUAGGAGUCAUGGACGGUGUUAUGUAUGCUAUUGGCGGCUAUGAUGGAACAGUGCAUAUUAAAAGUCUUGAGGUUCAUAGACCAAGUGAUGGAGUUUGGUAUUCUGUAGCUACAACCCAAUCACCAACACUUGGACCAUUGAGACAUUGUCAAAACGUAGAAUUUAUGGUGGAGUAG